GUCUAAUAUUUCUCUAUAAAUACGCACCAAAUCUUUGUCACAAAAACCACAAUUUAGAACACACACACAAAGUCACAAACAACACUUCUAAACUCCCUCGAAGAAUACGUUAGUUCCAAAAAAUGGGGGGCUCUUCCUCUAAAUCCAAGACAACCACCACCAAAAACAAAAGCGCCAAAGACAGAACAUUCACAGGCGCAGGCAACCUCAUCAAGCUCCUCCCGACCGGCACGGUCUUCUUGUUCCAGUUCCUCAACCCUGUCUUGACCAACAACGGCGACUGCACGGCCCUCAACAAAUACCUAAGCGCCAUUCUCAUCGUCCUUUGCGGCUUCUCUUGCUGCUUUGCUUCCUUCACAGACAGUUACACUGGGAGUGAUGGACAAACACACUAUGGUGUGGCAACAUGCAAGGGUCUUUGGCCCUCAACAAACUCCAAUUCUGUAGACUUGUCUGCUUAUAAGCUUAGGAUUGGGGACUUUGUGCAUGCCUUCUUUUCCGUGAUUGUGUUUGCAGUUUUAUCACUUUUGGAUACCAACACUGUCAGGUGCUAUUAUCCAGGGUUUGAGUCCACUGAGAAGACUUUGCUGCAGGUGUUGCCUCCGGUUAUUGGUACAAUUGCCGGUACUGUUUUCGUUGUGUUCCCUAACAACCGCCAUGGAAUCGGGUACCCCGCGUCAAGUUCUGAUUCUUCGUAAGACUCAGAGUCGGCGGCUUCCUAAGCCUCUUGAAUUAUUGCUUGAUUCACAAGACUCGAGUGCUAAAUAUAGUACAAGUGUUUGCUCAUGCAAGUUUGUGCUUUUCAUUGUUUGUUUAGUAGUCGUUUGCCAAAGUUUGAUUAAUUCUUUUUCCUUCUCUAUCCCUUUGGAGUGAAUGUAACAAACUAUUAUACCAUUGGAUAAAAUUUGGACGCUAAAAUUAAUGACAAAGGCCACCUAGUACUACAUCUAGUGGUAUUCUUCUUCA